AUGGAUGUACCAGACCGAAAAAGGAAGACUGGUGAUAACUCGGAAGCCUUCGAAGACGAACAUCUUGACCUCAGCCUUGUUAGUCCUCCCACCCGUCGCCCUAAGCCUCCAAUCCCACGCCCUGCCCUUCCCUUGCUUUCCCCCGGCCCACCACAGCAGUACUCCCCCCCUCACCCUCCUCCCUCGCCGCCACAUUUUCACCUCCCUGACAUGAACGCCGUCCCCUCCGCCGCCGCCUUCGAUCCCCCUGCCCGCCCCCUCCGCCCCCGCCGCAACCCCUCUCAGGCCCCCCGCGGCGCCCACAAGUCCGACACUGUCCCACCUCCCUUCCCUUGGGCGACCGAUCGCCGCGCCACCGUCCACUCCCUCGACCACCUUCUCUCCCAGAAUAUCAGGGAAAUCACCGGCGAGGCCCAGUGCAAGCGCUGCGAGGCCUCCCACAUCAUCUCUUACGAUCUCGUAUCCAAGUUCAACGAGGUGGCUGCGUUUAUCCGGGCGAGGAAGCAUCUGUUGCACGACCGAGCACCGGCGGACUGGAUGAGCCCGGCGUUUCCGGAUUGCGGUUCUUGCGGGCAGCCCAACAGCAUGCGGCCAGUGGUGGCGGCUAAGAAACGAUCCAUCAACUGGCUGUUCAUGCUGCUGGGGCAAACCCUAGGAUGUUGCACUCUCGAUCAACUCAAGUACUUCUGCAAGCACACCAGGAAUCAUCGCACCGGAGCCAAAGACCGCGUCCUCUACCUCACCUAUCUUGGACUCUGCAAGCAGCUCGAUCCGACUGGACCCUUUGAUCGGUGA